UAUUCUAAAACCUAUUAUUCCGAGUGGAGCCGCCCCCGCCCCAUCAACUUUCUCUCAUUUUACUCUGUGAAUGAAAGCCUUGCUGUGUCCAAACCAAUCCUGUCCAAGCAGCAGCCCAGACCCACUGAGAAAGAUGCUGCUGUUCCCUUUGCACAAAGUAAUCUCUGCAACAAAACUCCAUGGAGAGAACACAAAACUGUUGGAGUAAAAUAUAUGGCAAUUAUAGGAUUUGGAAAAGCAAAGUUGAUGAGUCACAACAAUCAGGAUUACGAACUGAGGAGACUGAGCAAUCCCUGUGGACACAAGGUUUUCUAUUUGGAGAAGUUAUAUGGAGUAAGCUUACAGGACCUUAUCUUUUUAUGCCACGUUCGUUUUGCUUUGAACAGGAUUUUCCCCUCCAAGCCGAGUUUGUAAUCACAUCAAAGAAAUGGGUACUUAAGAGAUAAACUUUAUAAUGGAAACUACCCGACACCGAAGAAAAGUCAUGCUUUUAUUACUGCUUCUAAUGGUGUUUAAUAUGGUGGUCUCUCAUGAAAGAAAUCCAGGGAUUCUGAGGACUGAAAGCGAAUUUUCUGGUAUUGUUGACGAGCAACACAAGCCUCCCUCCUGGUAUAAUACAUCUGUUGAUGCAGAGCUGAAGCAUGGGGCAGUCAGCUCACUCGCUCAUAGCAGAUGGCAAACACAGAUGGCUUUCUCACAAACUGUUUAUUCAUUUCAAGUAAAGGAAGACACCGUGCCAGGAACAGUUGUGGGAAAGGUGGAAGCGCAGAUGGACAGUCCCACGCCUAUCACAUACACAGUUCAAGAGGACGAUGGGGAGAACGUGUUUCUCCUCAACCCCGUCUCAGGGGAGUUCCUAUUAUCCCGCAGCCUGGACUUUGAAGCACAAAGGUUCUACAUUCUCACCGUAGAGGUGCAGCAGGGGCACUCGCAGGUAUCCAGUGUCAGAGUCUACUUUAAUGCGCUGGAUGUCAAUGACAACCCUCCUGUUUUCAGUCAGAACAACUUUACUGCAUCGCUGCUGGAGGACACACGUAUCAGAACUUGCUUCCUGUCACUAAAUGUGUCAGACAAAGAUGAUGGCGAAAACGGAGAAGUGGAACUGACAGUUGCCAGCGGUGAUGAACUGGGCAUGUUCUUCAUACGCUCAACAGGUAGUUUAUGCCUGAACAAAGAGCUGGAUAGAGAGAGCCAGUCUUCCUAUAACUUGACUGUGACAGCAAAGGAUUGUGCACGGCCAGCGUCUUUGCAGCUCACCAGCACUGCUCGUGUAGUUGUGGAAGUGGAAGAUAUUAACGACAACGCUCCAUUUUUUGUUUCUGCCCAACAUGCUGGUAUAACGGAGGACUCUGCGUUGCAUUCUGUUGUUAUGACUCUACAUGCUGAGGAUGAAGACGCAGGAUCCAAUGCAAAGAUUUUGUAUUAUUUACUCAACUCUUCUGGUGGGACAUUCAGCAUUGACAACACAACUGGAGAGGUGUUCCUGGAAGAGAUAUUAGACAGAGAAAAGGCAGACACUCUUACUAUUACAGUGACAGCCACUGAUAUGGGUUCACCCCAAAUAGCCACUACAAUGAAUUUCACAGUGCAUGUUGAGGAUGUAAAUGAUAAUGACCCUGUGUUUUCACACAGCAACUACAGUUUGUUUAUCAAAGAAGAUGCUCAGAGAGGAACAAGCCUGUUUCAUUUUGAAGCUCAGGAUCAAGACAUUGGAUCAAACGGGCAAGUCCGGUACAGCCUGACACCAGCUGGUCCUUUCGUGGUUGACGCAGUUCGAGGCGUGCUGUCACUUCGGGAUCAACUUGACAGAGAAAGGGACUCAAACUACAGCUUGAUUUUAACUGCCGCUGAUCAAGGGGAUGUACCCAGAUCUGCGACUGUUACUAUCAGCAUUACAGUGUUGGAUGUAAAUGACUUUACACCCCAGUUUUCUCCAGAACUCCUGAUCAUUCAUGUCAAAGAAAAUGAAAAGGAUCCGUCUCAGCUAACAAACCAGGUUUCAGCUUUGGAUGAAGACUUGGGGAUCAACAGUCAGCUUAUUUAUUUUAUGCAAAAAGGAAACAGCGACGGUCUGUUCUCUGUCACUCCCAACGGUGUGUUCAAGAUUUUACACAGCUUGGACAAGGAAAGAGAACCAUUUUACACUGUCAUCAUAACAGCUGUUGAUUCAGGUUUUCCACCACUAACUGGCACUCUGACUAUCCAUAUCACUGUGGAUGACGUCAAUGAUAACCACCCUGAGUUUUCAGAGGAAGUCUACAACACCAUAGUGUCUGAGGACAGUCCAAUAGGCACAGUGUUUGCAAUGAUAUCUGCGUUUGACGCUGAUGAGGGCAUGAGUGGUGAAGUAAGGUAUUUCAUGGAAAACCACGAUGCGCCAUUUGCUAUUGAGGAAACAUUUGGAGAACUGCUUACCACCGAUUUCUUGGACAGGGAGACUGUAGCCUUUUACACGCUGACAGUGAUUGGCACAGAUAUGCAUCCCACACAGCCGCUGUCAAGCUCUGUACUUGUUACUGUCCUGGUUGGGGAUAUCAAUGAUCACUGGCCUCAGUUUCUGGACAGCCCCUUUGUGGCUUAUGUGUCCACAGAGUUUCCUCCAGGCUCAGUUGUUUGUGCAGUGAGAGCAAUCGAUGCAGACACUGACAUGAAUGCAGAGCUGCAAUACUCUCUAUAUGGACAAAGUUCAGACCUUUUUUCGAUUGAUCCGAACAGCGGCACAGUAUUCACUUCAAGCUUACUGCAGAGCAUGGAUGAUAUUGUCAUCAACGUGUAUGUAGAAGACGCUGGAGAAAACCCAAAAUUUGACAUCACUACUAUCAGUAUCAGGUUUCACAACAUUUAUGACUUCCCAGAGAUGAAUGUGGAUGUUCUGAGUUAUUCUCUCUUUGAGGACGAGCCAGUGGGAACAGUAGUAGCUGUUAUUUCUGCAGCAAGCAUCAGAGCUGAACCUGUCUCUUUUUAUCUUGCUUCUGGAAACUUUGAAGAGAUGUUUCAUCUAGACCAAUUAGGUGGAGCACUGACAGUUGAGAACCCACUGGAUUAUGAAAGCAAAAAGGAAUUUUUUUUGUUGAUAGAAGCCAGAGACUCUGGUUCGCCUCCAUUUUCAUCAUUUUUAGAAAUUCACAUAAACAUCACUGAUGUAAAUGAUAAUUUCCCCCAGUUUACCCAGACUGAAUACAGGUGUGAGGUUUAUGAAAAUUCCCCACCAUCUGGAGUUUGUGAUGUUCUUGCUCUCGAUGCGGAUUCUCCCAAUUMCAGCUCAGUAUGGUACAACAUAACAGAAGGAAAUAAUGAUGAGUUUUUUACACUUGACCCUGAAAACGGUUUGGUAAGCACCAUUGUAAGUUUAGAUCGAGAAAGCAUUCCCUUUUUUAAUUUAACAAUUGAGGCUGCAGAACCUGACAACCCCCUUCAUACAGACCAAGCAACGGUAAUCAUUUCUGUUUUGGACAGGAAUGAUAAUGCACCUCAAUUCUCUCAGAUACAUCUUGCUGAGGUCUCUGAAAAUGCUCCUAUAGGGCACACAGUUCUGCAGAUAACCUCAACUGAUGAUGACGCCGGUUCUAAUGCAGUAAUUAAUUAUUACAUACCUGACCAAAAUCAGGAUCUCCCUUUUGACAUCGAAUCCACCACUGGCUGCAUCUUUGUUAGAAGGUCUCUGGACAGGGAGGAACAGGACCAUUAUGUCUUGAAAGUAAAUGCAAAUGAUUCAGCAUGGAGUGUUAGCACUGACGUCAGUAUCUUUGUUUUAGAUUUCAAUGAUAACCGACCAGUAUUUUCUAGCGAUUUGUAUUCAGUUGCUAUCCCAGAAACAAAACAUUCAGAGAUUUUUGUUUUGCAAGUCUUUGCAACAGACACAGAUAUUGAACAAAACAGUGAGGUUGUCUAUGUUGUUGAACCUCCAAAUGAAUUAUUUUGGGUAGAUGCUUCUUCUGGAGAUGUUUUUUCAAAGCAGCCACUCCUUUUACACAAUUCUACUUUUGAAAUCUAUAACUUCACAAUUGUUGCAUUUGAUUGUGGCAGCAUUCCUCUGCACAGUAACACUACUGUUAUAGUGAGAUUAGAACAACUGAACGUCCACCCUCCAAAGUUUUUGCCUUCUCCACCACUGGUUUCCAUUCCAUAUGACCUGUUGGUGGGAAUUGAAGUGGCCAAGUUUACUGCAACAGAUCUAGACGUCAAUAGCAGUGAUUAUAUUAAAUAUAACGUCAGUGGUGGUAAUGCUUCUGAUUUCUUCUGGAUUCAAGCUGACAAUGGAAAGUUAUUUUUAAGUCAAACUUUAGAAGAAAGUCAAAAUGAGUCACUUACUUUAUUAGUUGUGGCCAAAGAUCAGGGCUUUCCUCCUAUGAUCUCUGAGACUGAAAUCACCUUUGAAAUCACUGGGAAAAAUCACUUUUCUCCCAGGUUCAGUGAACCAGAAGUCACAUUCUCUGUCCCUGAAGACUUGCCUGUUGGAUCAGUGGCUGGGAAAAUUCAAGCAGAAGAUGGGGAUUAUGGUCCCAAUGGUGUAAUUAAAUACCUCAUUAGUCCUGAAAAUCAAUAUUUUCCGGUCUCCGUUGGAGAAUUCUCUGGGCUGCUAACACUUACCAGAGAGCUUGACUUUGAAAAAGAAACCAGAUAUAAUCUGCAAAUCAAAGCAACAGAUGGUGGAUGGAUAGCUAAAUCUGCCUGGAUGAAUGUAACUCUGAUUGUUAUGGAUGUAAAUGACAAUCCACCUGUCUUUUUAUUGUCAGAGUAUACCACAACAGUGCCUGAAAAUUCAAAAGUCAGAACAAAGGUUCUAGAUGUAAAGGCCACCGAUAUCGACUCAGGAAUAAAUGCGCAAAUAUCCUACUCUUUUAUUGCUGGCAGUUUGGAUAAAUUUGCAAUCGAUUCAAAAAAUGGGAGUAUCACUACUUUGGAUGUCUUUGAUUACGAGCAAGAGCAGAUGUUUGAUUUAUCAGUCAAAGCUUCAAACACCGCCAGACACAACUUGUUUAGUUUGGCUCAUGUUAUCAUCCACAUCCUGGACCUCAAUGAAUUUAGCCCAACCUUCACAAAAGAAAGUUUUAGCUUUUCAGUAUACAAAAAUGCUCCUGUUGGAACGUCAAUAGGAAAAGUGACGGCCACUGAUAAGGACAGUGGUCCUGAAGGUGAGGUGUUAUAUCUAACUUUUGGCCAUGGCAAAAAUUUUGGCUUUGACAUUGGCCCACUUUCUGGAGAGAUAUAUACAAGUCGUAGUUUGAGGGAUCAAGGAAACAGUAAAGUAAUUUUGAAAGUCUUGGCAAAAAACUCUGGUGUUAUUCAUGGAACAGACAUAGCUGAGACGUUGGUCAAUAUUAAUGUGAUUGAGACUAACGAUGCACCCUUGUUCACCUCCACAUGGUACGAGGCAGAUGUUAACGAAGACACCCCAACUGGGACAUCUGUGUUAACUCUAAGUGCUUUGGACCAGGACUCUGUACUGGAUUGGAAUCGAUUCAUCUUUAGGAUUGUAGACGGAAACACAAACUCCUCUUUCUCCAUUGAUCCACUUAGUGGCAUUGUGUUAGUAAACUCUGAUCUUGACAGGGAACGCUGGCCAGUUUACAAUCUCACUGUCACAGCCACUGAUCAUGGUUCUCCCCCAGCCACUGGGACAACAAAUGUCAUUGUGAAUAUAGUUGAUGUUAAUGACAACGCCCCCCAACUCAUGACAAACGAGAUUCAAGUGAAGGAAAAUCAACCUGAAGGAACCAUAGUUGCCAGAUUAAAUGCAUUUGAUUUUGAUUUACCUCCAAAUCAAGGUCCUUUUACUUUUUGGCUGUCAAAUUUGUCAGCAGAAAGUGCUUUUUAUCUCACUCCAGAUGGAGUUUUACUCACCAGACAUGUUGUUGAUCGGGAGCAUAUCUCUGAAUAUCGAUUACUGGUGGUGGUAAAAGAUGCAGGGUUUCCUCUAUCACUGUCUUCAACAACAACACUCCACGUUAGGGUGGAAGAUGAAAAUGAUAACCCCCCGUUACCACGAAACAUCUUCAUUGAGGUGAAAUAUUUUGGCAGUUCUUUUAAUGGCGGCAUGAUUGGCAAUGUGCAUCCUGAGGAUCAUGAUGAGUCUGAUGCAUUCCUCUGUUCCAUUAUAAGUGGCCCGAUUAACAUGUUCAUGAUACCCAAUGGUACAUGUGAGCUAUGGUCAUCCCCCUUUCAGGGCGAGGCCACAUUCAAUGUCACAGUUGAAGCUACAGACCAAGCUCAUUUUCCAGUAAAUAACAGUAUCUAUGUGAAUUACAAAGGUUUUACAAAUGCAUCUGUGGACAGUUGUAUUUUUUUCUAUGUGGCCUCACGUUCAAUGGAAAACUUCUUGACUAAUAGGUAUUUGCGGUUUGUGAAAGCCUUGGAUAGUCUGUUCAACCUCCAGGCCUCAAAGACUCAUGUUUUUGGAAUUAAACAUAUUGGCAUGGAGAUACUACUACUUGCAGCAGUGAAAAACUACAAUGGGCAAUAUCUAAGCAGAGAGGUAGCGAGGAGUAUAUCUGCUGGACAUAAGAAGUUACUGGAGUCCCAAAGUAAUAUGACAAUUUCUCACAUCGCCAGUGAUCCAUGCCUCAUGAGCCCCUGUCAAAAUGGGGCCACAUGCAACAAAAACAUUUACAUCAGCCAGGAGGUUGCUGUCCUGGAAAGCAUGGCUGUCAUCUUUGUGUCGCCACAGAAAGAGAUUUUUAAUUGUACCUGUUCGGUCGGGUUCAGCGGUUCACUCUGUGAAGAUGACAUUGAUGAAUGUGAGGCGAAUCCUUGUCAGAACAACAGCACAUGUGAAAACACUGCAGGAAGUUUCCGCUGUCACUGUCAGAGUGGCUUCUCUGGCUCAGUCUGCUCAGCUGAUGUGGAUGAGUGCCUUAAGGUGAAGUGCCAAAAUGGUGGGACAUGUAUGCAGUCACAGGAGCGAUACCACUGCCAGUGUGCGCCUGGAUUUGAAGGAGAAAGGUGUGAACAGCUCAAAGAUCACUGCAGGUCUACACCAUGUUUUCAGGGAAGCUGCAUUAACCUACAAACAGGAUUCCUCUGUAUCUGUCCCUUUGGAGUCAGUGGUGUCCAUUGUGAGGAACCCAGUUAUGGCUUUGAAGAAAUGUCCUUUGUGGAGUUUCCCCCACUGGAUCGCAGGACUAAUUUAAUUUAUUUUGAGUUUGCAACAGUGCAGAGGGACUCCCUACUCCUGUACAAUUCAGGAACCUUAUCCAGCAGGGAGUUUUUUGCACUGGAGAUACUUGACAGCAAACUACAACUCUCUUAUAACCUUGGCUCCGGACCUGUAAAGUUGCAGACGCAUAAGCAAGUUGCAGAUGGACAUUUUCACAGCGUUACUGUCAGAAGGAUUGGCAAUAUGGGGACUUUGCUUGUGGACAACUGUACAGAUGUUGUGAACAAUGGAUUCUGUUUUUCAGAGUCUGAUGGCACUAUAUCAGAGAGGACUCUUGACGUUGGAAACACAAAUAUGAUAUUUGGUGGACUGAGAAGCCUGGAAGUAAUUUUGCAACAUCCAAGUCAUAUAAAAACACAUGACUUUGUUGGGUGCAUUCGAAAUAUUCAGAUUAAUGGCAUCUUGCUGAGACCUUCUUCUGGCCUUGCAACAUAUAAUGUAUUCAACAGGUGUCCUCGAGCAGCAGUGUCAGGAUGCAACAGCUCCCCAUGCAAGAAUGGGGGAGUGUGCCAUGACCUUUGGUCUGAAUAUGUUUGUGAGUGUAAAACUCCCUUUAGAGGAAGAAACUGUGAUACAGAAAUAUCUGAAGAACUUGUAUUACACUUUAAGGGGAUUGAUUACAUUGAGUAUGUCAUUAAGGAGAGAUUUAAGAGAGAUCUUCUGCUUAAAGACCUGAAGGAUGGUGCCAAACAGGAAGACACAACAGUCCAAACUGUCAUUACUGUCAAGUUCAAAACGAAAGAAGAUGGAACCCUGCUCUUUAUUCUUGGAAAAGGACAUAUUGUGUUAAUGGUAAGAGACGGACAACCUGUGUACACUUCCAUUGAUCCUUUAGGACAUAUGUCAGAGUUUACAGUGGAGCUGUUAGUUGCUGAUGGUCUUUGGCACAUCCUGUCCUUAUUGACCAGAGGGCGUAACCAUUCACUGUAUGUUGAUGACAAAAUGGUCUUGAACAUUACCCAACAAAACAUGGACUUAAAACUGUUUAGUUUGGAAAAGAUCAUUCUUGGUGCAGCUCCACCAAGACAAAGAAAACUCCAACAGUCAGGAUUUAGUGGAUGUGUGGAGUACCUGAACGUCAGCGGUCAUACUCUGCCUUUCAGUGGACACAGUUUAAUGGUGGAGGUCUGGCCGAGCUCGACUCUCCCGCAGUCCAGCUGCAGCUCUCCAGGUGUCUGCCUCUUCUCACCAUGCACUGAAGAGACCACCUUUUUGAGAACAUGUCUUUCAGACUGUCAGAACCGGAGGCCGUGCAGACCUGCAACACGGGAUAGGCCAUGCAUGUGUCUACAAAAUGUCUCCAAUCCUUUCUGUGAUAUCUGCAUUUCCACUGUCAGUGAAGAGUGCUCAGAGAAACAGCACAACAGGCCUUUUUGGAUUAUAGCGGUGGUUCUCCCUCUGAUCUCCAUCCUGGUGAUUGUAUGCAUGUUUGCAGUUCUGUACAGACUGAAACAGCAGGAUUCAGUUGUUAAAAAUGAGAACCUUACACAUGAAACAGGGCAAGAAACUGAAAACGCAACAAUUUGUUUUGAUGGCAGUCAGGUGCCUAAAGCUGGACUUUCAACCUCAAAAGGGAAACGUCUUGAUCGAAUAAGUCCAUGUCAGUCAAAUGAGAAGCUUAAUAGUUACGGACAGCUGAUGCUUCCGAGUGAGCUGGCGUAUUACGAGAUCGGCAGCAUCUGCAGUGCAUUUAAUUCUGACAACAACUCACCAAGGCUCAGCUGGCACAAGCAUUUAUGCAGCACAAAACGUCUUAAAAGUGAUUCAAACCAGUGGGGGGAUCUGAGGAGACUGCUAGGUAAUUUAAAGAAAGACAAUCCUGGUGAACAGAAAUGCCCUCCAAAGCAUCAAAAUACUUCCUCAUUUCACAAACAGUCAUUGUGUCAGCUUGACGCAGAGCAGCAGAGGCAGAAUAUGUCCUGUCGUACAAAAGAGUUCCCACAGCCAGAGCUCCUGGAGCCAAUGCAGCCGCUAAGCUUCGAGGAAAUUAGCAAACUGGAUGCUCCUCCUGAGCCAGCUUUUUCACAUCAAGCGCUUUUAGAGGCUGGACCCCUAGAGUCCACGAUGACAACAGAGACCUCAUCUGACUGUGAAACAGACAGCACGUUUACUUGCUCUGAGUCUGACUAUGACCACUUUAACAUCAUUACUGGCAAAAAAUAUAGGCAUGAGCAGCCAUUCCCAUCAGAGUGCAGAACAAGCCAGGAUGUCUUUGAACUAACAUCCUCCUCCACUUUAAGUCAGGAUAUUUCCAAGACGGAUCCCUUUGCUAUGUUUGAACAAUGGGAAAAAAAUGUAAAUGUGCCCCUGACUUUUGGAAGCUACGCUGCAGUGUUUGAGGACAUUGCUGGUAUGCCCAUGGAGUUCAGUCACAGCGGUGAUAUGCAAAGUGAUGAGGAAGAAAUUAUUUGAAAGGUCAGAGCAGAUGAAGUAGUUGAUAUCUGAUUCACUAUAAUUUUCUACUGUAUUUAAAUCUCUAGGACAAAGUUGUCUUUCUGGUCAAUCGCAAAUAAGUUUUUUUCUUUUUGUAAUCUGCAUCUUCCAAGCUUCUGUUCAGCUGAGUCCUGUCUUGAGAUGCAUGUUGUUGUUUUGUGAAGUGGUGCUACACAGGUCUAACAUGGGGAAAUGAAGCUGAUUUUGUGAAAUAUGAAAUCCUUCCACCUCUUUCAUCUUUUGCUUUUAUUGCAUUCCCAUUCUGAAUAGUGCAUUGUUAAGAUAUGUUAUCCAGUGUUCAACUAAAUGGGUUAUAUUAUUUUUUUCUUGCUCUAUACAUGCAGUCUUACUGUAUUUUUUCCUUUAUUGAGGGAUCAUCUGUCUGUGAUGGAAAACGUGAUGCUUGAUGAGUGCCCCCCCUGACGGGCAGCAUAUUAUUAACCAAAUGAUUCAGUAUCACAUUCAGUUUUCAGGUUUUCAGCAUCCCAAGGUGAAUGAGUCUUCAUCAGUUGAGACAAGUUGUUUGGACUGUUCUACGUGAUAUAUUGAGAUAUUAUUGAGUUAUUAUUGUGAUACUUGAGUAGCAGCUGUAUAGAGAUUUGUGUGUGGUAUACACAAUGAGCUCAUGCUGCUCAAAUGCAAUGAUAUCCAGUAAAGUGAUGACGAUUUUAUCUUGAAAGCUUUUCUGAUAAAACUUAAA